UGUGUCAAAUGUAGGUUGAGCGAGGUGCCUUAAAACCGAGGGCUCGGGAGUCCCCGCGCGUGAACUCAGCGCGGGGGGCUCGGGACGGGCAGCCAUGGAAUUGAACUCCCUGUUAAUCCUCCUGGAAGCGGCCGAGUACUUGGAGCGAAGAGACCGAGCGUUCCUGCAAAGGAGGAAAAAAUUGCAUGGAAAAAAUAUAUUGCCACUAAUGCUGACUUUGUCCCUAGAAGCAGAACAUGGCUAUGCAUCAGUGUUACCCUUCGAUAGUGACUAUUCCAGAAAGAAAACAAAGGCAGGCACCAUGGCCAGAAAAUCCCAGAAUAACAGGUCAUCACACAACGAACUAGAAAAACAUAGGCGCGCUAAACUCCGGCUAUAUUUGGAACAGCUCAAACAGCUUGUGCCUCUCGGGCCGGACAGCACCAGACACACCACUCUAAGUCUGUUGAAAAGAGCUAAGAUGCAUAUCAAGAAAUUGGAAGAGCAGGACCGAAAAGCUCUAAAUAUUAAAGAACAAUUACAGCGGGAGCACCGCUACCUCAAGCGCAGGCUGGAGCAGCUUUCCGUGCAGGGCAUGGAGCGAAUCCGCACUGACAGCAUGGGAUCAACAAUAUCCACUGACUCUGAACAAGAAGUAGACAUUGAAGGAAUGGAGUUUACUCCAGGUGAAAUGGACAGUAUUGGAAGUGCCAGUGAUGCUGAAGACCACUACAGUUUGCAGAGCGGUUCGAGUGACGGAGGUUACACACAUUCCCGCAGACUGAAUGCCAGGCUCUCAUAGUGCCUGAGUGAGCCGCUCGACUCAGGACCAUCUGACUGAAGCACUUAUAUACGAAUAUUCCAGAGGUGUCAACUGCCACUCUUCCGGGAAACCCCACCCACAAUACUCUGACAUGGAGGUUUCUUACCCACGGUUCCCUGCACUGUAACCACAAUAUUAGAUAUUGUAAAUCAUGGGUUUGCUGCAGAGAACUGUGGUUAGGUACAGUUGUGACUUAAAGCUAGCUUGAUGUAGCCAUCCUGCAAAUUAAAGGAAAUAAAUUAUGUCGUUCCAUUCAAGAAGUAUUAAAUUCAAACUGUUGGAAGCAUGACGUAAGGGAGUUUGACAGUUUAUUUUGAUUUUGCAGAAACCAUUUUCAAACAUGGAAGAAUAAAUGAAAUCUACAAUGUAUAGUGAUUCAGAGAUACAAAAACCUAAAACUACUUUUUUGUGGUAUUUUUUCAUUAAAAAACCCAAACCCAAAACAUUUUGAAUGCUGUCUAGUGGGUUCCAUAGAGUAAAUUCUUUCAGCAGUUGUUGUUUGGGUGAAGCAGGCAGAUAAAUCUUCAAAUCUCAGAUGAUCUUUAGAAAAGGUCGUACUUACAAGUCACUACUGUACUUCAAAACGGGGGAAAAGCCAGCUCUAAUAAUGACUUCAUGUGGGAUGAUCUCAACUUUCUUUUGCUUUUUGUAUUCAAUAUCCAACCAGCAGCAAAUCAUCCUGUCCAUGUUAACGGGAGCAGUAGAAAGCAACAUGGCAGUUUUGACCUGUUACCAUGGAAUGGAUGACAUUUGAAGCAUUUCAGUGGUUUUAUGGGUUGUUGUUUUCAUUUCUUUCUCUGAAGAAUACAGAACUCCAAGUGAUCCAGUUUGUGCUAGUUAAUCUUUCCUUGCAAGGAAAUGAAAUCUCUGUUUGCUUGUAUUUUUUUUCUUUUCUUCUAUUUACACAUGUCAAUACAUUUUUAUGGAAGGCAUGGCUUAAAAAUACAGUAUUCAGCUAGAAGAUUAUUUUUUUUCUUUUGCACACUAUAAUUGCAUUUUCUAUUCUUUAAAAAGUGCAAAAAAAUUAAAAUGUAUGCUGUAAAACAGCAAAGUUUAUUUAGUACUCAUCAAGCUGUUCAGAACAUAUUUACCCAAAUUGUAGCAAUACUAUGAAGAUGUAUUUUAAUACAACUUCCGCUUAGUGAAGUCAUUAGAGCUUGGCUUGCCGGGUAAGAAAAAAAUGGACCAGUCUUUGCAUUAUCUGUUUAAAGAAGGUCUUUUAAAAAAAAAUUUAAAAAAAGAAGAAAAAAAAAGAAAAAAAUUGAAAAAAAAAAAAAAAAGAAAAAAGCUAUAAACACUUUUAGGGAAGUGAUUUUAGCAAGUGUAGUCUAUAUUUCCUGUAAGAGAUUUUGUAUUAUAUUUUCCUAAAUGUUCUCAUUUACUUGUAUAAGGAGGGGAAUGGUACAGACCCAGACCAGAGUCUCAGGGACUCUUCACCUUUGUCAUAUUGUGCCUUGGUGACCAUUUAUGUAUGCCUCUCCUUUUCAUUGUUUAAAGGAUGACUAAGCUUUGUUUCAAGACCGUCUGUUCAAAUGGUCAGUUGUCCACCUUCUUACGGAUGAAGCAGAGAGGUGUAUUUAUAUCUUCACCCUCUCACAACUGAUUCAGUGUGGCUUUAAGUAAAAUCAUGGAAUUAGG